GCGGCUGGCACUUUACGCGUGAGAACAAACGCGGGAAGGUGCGCUAGUCUUAAAAGGGGCGUGGUAUGCCAAGCACACGGACAUGGAGUAUCUGUUGUUCCCGAGUAGAUGAUUAUGUCAGCCGUCAAUUACGAUAGAUCGCAACAUAGCUGUGUUCGAAAGCCGAAAGGACAGCUUGACAAUGAAUUGAUAUUCCCAUCACAAUUGUUAUUUGGAGAAGGUAACUACUUUCCACAUGCGACGUAAAUCUCCCAUGUACUUGUCCAUUAUUUUUUUCCUAUAGCAGAAAGGUACACGGGACAAGAUAGACGACAUCUCCAACCUCCGAAUUCCGGUCACCCAAUGGCCGCGAUCUGGGGUAACGGGCGCCCAGGAGGGGCCCAAUUCCCCCUAGAGCAAUGGUUCUUUGAGAUGCCGGUCUGCACGCGAUGGUGGACAGCUGCCACUCUAGCCACGUCUGUCUUGGUUCAGUGCGGCGUUGUCACUCCGUUUCAGCUCUUCUAUAGCUUCCGCGCCGUAUAUGCCAAGUCCCAGUACUGGCGAGUCAUUACAACAUUCAUCUACUUCGGACCCCUUAACCUAGAUCUUCUGUUCCGCGUCUUUUUCCUCCAAAGGUACUCGCGCCUCAUAGAAGAGGCGGCCGGCCAUACCUCAGCCGAUUUUGCGUGGCUGCUCCUAUACGCCACUUCUUUCCUCCUCCUACUAUCCCCAUUACUCUCGCUCCCCUUCCUAGGCUCAGCUCUCUCCUCAAGCCUAGUCUACAUAUGGAGCCGACGGAAUCCAGAAACAAGACUGCAUUUGCUAGGCCUGCUAGCUAUUUCCGCGCCAUACCUUCCAUGGGUCCUAAUCGCAUUUAGCCUUGUCGUGCAUGGGGUCAUUCCGAAAGACGAAAUCUGCGGCGUCGUCGUGGGUCACAUCUGGUAUUUCUUUUCAGAUGUCUAUCCUUCCCUUCAUGGUGGACACAGGCCGCUUGACCCGCCUGCCUGGUGGAGACGAAUGUUCGAAGGAAGAUGACCAUGAAUAGAACCCACCAGUUUCGCAUAAUGCCGAUAAUGACAAACGACAUAGCCUGUCCCGACAAAGGUUAUAUGAAUUCAAAUAGCCUACCUCGCGUCCAUGCGCCUGGUGAAGCCUUUAAUAUUUAUUAUCCUCUUCGGUGUACAACAACAUUCGAUGAGUCCAGUACCCGACAAUCAUCAAAUUGGAAUACCGCCACUGCACGGAGAGCAAACAAAAAGAAUAUUCCAAACCAGACAGCAUGCGUUAGCACAGGACGAAAGAUCGUUUCGGCUACUUGUCGUUUCUACAAAUUUGAGAUAGCGCAUCGAUUCUAGACAGCGAGAAUAUGAGCAAAUUUUAUGGAUGUAUAUAUAUUUUUUUCUCCUUCCCUUUUCUAGCCUCUGUUUCUUUCACCACAUUUUCAUGCUUCUGUGAUAUACUCUAGAUUCUUAAGAUAUUUUCUCUCCUUUGUUUCUAUCAUUCUUGGGCGUCUACAUUGGGAAUAACGCAAAUUAUCAGCGUCGUUUUGAUAACUAGUUACUUUUUUGUUGCUUGUCUUGUCGCUGCGCAUCUAAAUGUCUUAACAGACUUGAUUGGUCCGCCAUAUACCGGCAACGUACGCUUUCUAUUCAUCAGUGCCUUCCAUAUUUCCACACAAUCGGGGAGAUGACUUAUUAUGGGCAUUAACGAAAGAUUCCGAAGAAGCUCAGAUAUAUCAAUAAUAUUUCAGGACACCUAUAAAAGUGUGAGUUCCUGGAUUAGCACCUAUUCAACUGCUCUGUAGCGGAACAGUGAAUAUUGAUUCCUGCUCAAUAUGUUGAACCACGUAUUCAAUCCAUAUUCUCCCCGUUAAAUGCAUUACCUACAAUUCCAAUACCUCCAUCUCUAACGUCCGGACACAGCACCACCAAUGAGGCUAGUGACACCCACAAUGUAGUAGUUUGGCAUAGCUUCAACCGGACCAAAUGUAUCUUUCAAAGAAUGCGGCCGGUCCAUUCGAGCUGGAUUUGACUGGUUAACCGCGAUCGACCAAAUAAAGCAGCAUGCCACUUUACUCUCCUCAAAUUUCUUGUCAAAAACAAAAAGUUGACGA